CGUGUUUUUCUGCGCCCAUCGGCUGACGAGACGGAAGAAGCAUUACGUCACAUUUAAACAAACCUUUACUCGUGUGGUUUAAUGCUGUGGCGAUGCCCUUGGAGGUGACAUGGCCCUUCCCACAAUGCCCCCGCCUGGGCUGGAGAAUAUCCAGCCGAGUGGUCAUGGGAAUGGUGGGCUCAUACAGUUACCUUUGGACCAAGUAUUUUAACUCGCUGAUGGUCCACAACCAGGAUGUCUUGUUGGACCUGGUUGAUGAGCGUCCUCAGGACACACCCCUUAUCACAGUAUGCAAUCAUCAAUCCUGUAUGGAUGAUCCACACAUCUGGGGAGUCCUUAAGUUCCGGCAGUUGUGGAACCUUAACAAGAUGAGAUGGACACCUACUGCCUCUGAUAUCUGUUUCACAAGAGAAUUUCACUCCAGUUUCUUCAGCAGAGGGAAAUGUGUACCAGUUGUUAGAGGUGAUGGAGUAUAUCAGAAAGGAAUGGAUUUCCUUUUGGAAAGGCUGAAUCAAGGAGAAUGGAUACACAUAUUUCCAGAGGGUAGAGUUAACAUGUCUGGAGAGUUCAUGAGAAUAAAAUGGGGAAUUGGACGUUUGAUUGCAGAAUGCUCUCUUCACCCAAUAAUUUUACCUAUGUGGCAUAUAGGUAUGAAUGAUGUUCUACCAAAUGAGACUCCAUACAUUCCUCGAGUAGGACAGCGAAUAACUGUUUUAGUAGGAAAACCAUUCACAGUCAGGCAUCUGGUCAAUGCACUGCGAGCUGAAAACACAAAUCCGACGGAAAUGCGGAAAACAGUGACAGACUAUAUUCAAGAAGAAUUUCGCAGUUUGAAAUCCCAGGCAGAGGCUCUUCAUCAUAGGAUACAGAACCGCACAUGAAGAAAAAAAAUCGCAAGAUCCCUCAUCACAGGGGUAAGAAAGUUCAGUCUUGGAGAGCUGCAGAACGUUGCUCCAACCCUACUCAAACGCACCUGCAUGAGCUAAUCAAGGUCUUGAAAGCUACAGGCAGGUACAGUUGUAUCAAGAGGUCAAAACUCUGCAAGACUGAACUUGUCCACCUGUGCCUCAUCUCAAGAAAAAGGGCCCAUCAGCCAAUACCUGCCUUACAACUCAACCAAAACACUGAGCAGCAGAAAUACAUACAGAUGACUGCAUCUAAAUAGGAUUAUACACUUGUUUUAAUGAAUAUUAUAUCCUUGAUAAUGUGAACCUGGAUGUAAUGUGGGUGCAUCAGAUAAUGUCCUCAAUCAUCAAUCUGAACACGUUGAUUUUGUUUGUAAAUUCAGCUGUUAUAUUUGCAUCAAUAACUACUGUCACUGACUUUAGCAUGAUUUGCAAUGAGAAUGCUGAAGCACUUAGUAAGUAUUUUUAAAUACAGAGAGAAACACUUUGAAUAACAGUACUAGCGGUUUUUGUACUACAGUUUUUAUUUUUGAUGCUGUAUUUGACUAUACAUUGUAAAUACAAAAUACUGACUGUAAAUACAGAACCUCUAUUAAGUUUUUUCUCAGAUGUACCUAUGCAUUUUAUAUCUGAAAACUUCAUGUUUUCUAAUUUUAGCUUGCCAAGUUGAGAGGGAAAACAAACCGGUGAUACAAAAUCAAAACUACACCUAUAUCAACAAAAAGAUGGAUUGACAUAUACUAAAAGCAUGUGAAAUGUGUUAUUAUUUUGUAAAGUACAUUUUUUUAGGAGGAAAUACACAUUUGAAGCCAUUUCUAAAAAUGUAUAAUAAAAAUGAAAGCUGGCCAAACUGUGAUUUAGAUAUAAAUUAUGUGAUGAAAUGUGAAUGCAAUGGACAAUGGAAAAUCUGAAUAAAAGUUUUCUUUUUGCUGCUG